UACAGGCAGUGUCGCUCGAAUCAGUGUGUACACUAAAGUAAAGUGGUCGUGUAUAUAUAUGUAACUUGUGUGCAUUGAGGAGCCAACAUUUUACUGAAUGGAAACUGAAUAGUUUAAAUAACUAACACACCUGCCUUGGGAUCCAGGUGAGAGAGAAGCUUGUUAACAUGUGGGGUAUUUUCGCAAUACAGAACGUUUACCUGCGUUGACUCUCACAGGUGUAAAAGUGAUACGGUAUACCUGUCGGGUGGAUCCUUUCGUCAUAAUUUUUGUCCUUUAUUAAAAGAAAAAAUUCGGUUGAGGAAUACCUGUUUAUAGCCUGGAUAUUUAUUUACCUCUGUACCGCAGCCGGAAUGACAUAAUUAGUAAUUAUGUAAGAAAGGGGAAUUAUAUUGUGUGAAGGAGUGUUCGUCUCUAUCUUAUAUUUAGCUUCAGUGUCCCUCUGGAAUCACACAGCAGCUAUGAUUUAAAAUCAGUGUUUUCUAAACAGCGGAGCCGCUUUCUGUGAAUCCCGGAAUCUGUCAUUUCGUCAGUGUGUUGUGUAUAUUAACACAGGAAUUCUCACAGAGGAGGAAAAAAGGAAAAUUUCGAAUAGAGAAAUAUUAAUUUUCUCUUCAAAUUUUAAAUUCCUUUCCACAUGAAGGAUUACCCGAUCAUGAAUAUGGAUUACAAUUGGAUCUUAAGAAGAAUUUUAAUAUUAUUGUUAUUUAAAAUUUCCUUGCACUUUUGUGCGGAUUUAAGGGCAGGAAUGCCUAAUGUAUGUCCGUACCAGGAUGUAGAAAUGAAGAUGGUACGGCAGCCGUGUGCGCAGGCGUACACACGACUUAUAAAAGUAUGGAAGCCCAAUUGUGGCUAUAAUGGAAACUGGUGUGUCGGGCAUGAAAGAAGAACAUAUUAUUACAACACAUAUCGGGAACGCUUUCAGCCAAGUUAUACAACCAAAUACAAAUGUUGUCACGGUUGGCAGGAAAGAUCUGGAUCAAACGGAUGCAUGUUCAGACAAUGUAACCAGGGAUUUUGUUUCAAUGGGGGACGUUGUCGAGGAGGUUACAAUCAAAUGUGUACGUGUCCGAGUGGAUUCCAGGGUCCGCGCUGUCAGUACGAUAUCAACGAAUGUGUAAUGAAGACCAAUGCUGGAUGUGAACAAGAAUGCUGCAACACGAUCGGAUCAUUCUAUUGUAAAUGUCGUGAUGGAUUCCAACUCGCUAGCGACGGCAAGAGAUGUAUAGAUGUAGAUGAAUGUCAACAAAGAAAUGGUGGUUGUCAACACGGGUGUGAAAACACACAUGGAGGUUUUCACUGCACAUGCCCAGUGAAUCACAGACUGCAUGCUGACGGCAAAACAUGUAUUGCCAUUUCGGGAUGCCAGCGAGAUAAUGGUGGCUGUCAACAUCACUGUCAGGAUGGCUAUGAUGGCAAUCACUAUUGUAGCUGUCGCAGCGGUUACAUUAUCAACUCCGACGGGAAAACCUGUGACAUGAAGGAUCCAUGCCGUGAGAGAAAUGGAGACUGUGCACAGAAAUGUAUAAACGAGAUGGGAAGGGCUGUGUGUCGAUGUUUUGUUGGCUACAAGCUGGCCCAGAAUGGUCGAGACUGUAUAGACAUUGACGAAUGUCAGGCUGACAAUGGUGGAUGUACACAAGCCUGUAUCAAUACCAAAGGAUCUUUUACCUGUACCUGUACCCCGGGCUACCAGCUAGGUGUUGAUGGCCGGUCCUGCUACAGGAUUGAAUUGGAAGUUGUGGACAGUUGUAUGGUCAACAAUGGAGGGUGCGCACACAUUUGUCGUCACGGACCUGGGGGACCAAUCUGUAGCUGUCGCCAUGGUUACAUACUUCAAGCUGACGAGAAGUCCUGUGCAGAUGCUAACGAGUGCGAGCUCGGAGAGGCUUGCUGUGUCCAGCAGUGUAUUAACAACCCAGGAGGAUAUACCUGUGGAUGCCGGCCGGGCUUCGUCCUCAAUAGAGACGCCUGCGCCUGUGAUGAUAUUCAAGAGUGUUUAACUGACAAUGGUGGAUGUGAACAGAAAUGCGUCAACUCAGAGGGAUCGUACGCUUGCGUGUGUCGGCCCGGCUACCGACUGGCACCCGAUGGACGACGGUGUCUUGUGGUAUUUCCCCCGGAUCGUUUUCGUACCCCGGCCCCUCCUCUUCCUCCACAGCGAGGCCCUUUGAAGGGGAACGAGCCUUUCUCUCGUUACAUUCGUUACCAGACAACAACUGUACCAGUUCCCGUAAUUCCUAUACAAGAUGGAGAUUUGCAAUUAUCUCACGAACUUCCAGAACCUGAAAUAAAAUUUGAAUGUAUACCUGGAACCUUCGGACCUGACUGUAUGUAUUCGUGUCAGGACUGUGUGAACGGUGGGACGUGUAACGACCGCCAGGACGAGUGUAUCUGCCGACCUGGCUGGCAUGGGCUUCUCUGUAAUCACACAUGUCCAGAGGGUUUCUAUGGGGACAACUGUAACAGUAUCUGUGACUGUCAAAAUGGAGGCACGUGUGAUCCGGAGACUGGCCGAUGUAUUUGUCCCCCUGCCAUUGAAGGUCGCAAAUGUGAAGAUGGAUGCCCUCGUGGGUUUUACGGAGCGAGCUGUAACAUAACUUGUCCAUACCACUGCUCAAGCGGACAUUGUAACCGGUUACUCUACUACUGCCACUGCGAGCUCGGAAAGUUUGGUCAGAGCUGUCAACUGGAUUGUCCUCCCUUUACCUACGGAUCAAACUGCAUCAAUGAAUGUGACUGUAAUAUCAAUAAUACGAAGACUUGCAACGCCAGGACUGGGAAAUGUUCCUGUCAGCCGGGUUUCUAUGGUGAGAGAUGUGAGUUACCAUGUACAGAAGAUUUCUAUGGUCCCGGAUGUCUCCAGCGCUGUAACUGUCGUAAACAGAUGGUCUGCGAUCCUGUCGACGGUCUAUGUCGUCAUAACUGCCUGGCUGGAAAAACUGGGGAAGAUUGUGAAGAAACGUGCCCCAGGGGUACGUACGGUCUGUACUGUAAGCACCGCUGUCAGUGCGGGGGAAGCGAGUGCACACCUGAUACCGGAGCCUGUGUAUGUCAGGCCGGGCGACGAGGGAAACACUGCCGAGACACUUGUGAGGAGGGUACAUGGGGCAUCAACUGUGAAAAUAUUUGCAUGUGUAAAAAUGGUGGGUCAUGUGACCCGGUGACCGGAGAAUGCAUCUGUCCGGAUGGCUGGUAUGGCCGAGAAUGCAAAGAGAUUUGCCCCCAGGGUCGGUUCGGAGCUCAAUGUCUCUCCCGAUGUCUGUGUGAAAACAACGCUUUGUGUAAUCCCCGGGAUGGCCAGUGUAACUGUUCCUCCGGCUGGACUGGUCAGAUCUGUGAUAGAGCUUGUUCACCAGGCUCGUAUGGUCCGAAUUGUCAAGAGCGUUGUCAGUGUCGUAAUGGGGCCGAAUGUGAUCCUACCAAUGGCGAGUGCCUCUGUGCUCCAGGCUGGCACGGCCCCGGAUGUGAUCAGAAAUGUGAGAACAAUACCUAUGGGCCAGGAUGUAUCCAGCCGUGUCAGUGUUAUAACGGCGCUCUGUGUGACCACAUCAGUGGAGCGUGUGUAUGUACCAGCGGCUGGCGAGGCCGAAGCUGUGACAAAGCUUGUCCGGAAGGUUUCUUCGGACUCGAAUGUCAGGGUGUCUGUAGCUGUGGUAAUGGUGCGGAGUGUAACCAUGUCGAUGGGACAUGUCGCUGCGCCCCUGGUUGGAGCGGAAAUCAGUGUUCGGAGCCGUGUAUAGCAGGAAUGUACGGGGUGGAGUGCUCUCAAAGGUGUAACUGUCAAAACAGCGGGGUGUGUGACCACGUAUCGGGAACAUGUAUCUGUGAAAAAGGUUGGAGGGGCGCCGAUUGUGAAGAAGCCUGUCCUCCAGGGCAUUACGGCAGCAACUGCUUAUAUCGCUGUUAUUGUCUCAACGGAGCUACAUGCGAUCACAUCAGUGGAUUAUGUAACUGUACGCGUGGCUACACGGGCACGGCUUGCGAACUCACAUGCCAAGAAGGAAAGUAUGGCCCUAACUGUGCUUUCACUUGCGACUGUGUCCACAGUGAGUCAUGUGACAAAUCUUCAGGCGCGUGUUCCUGUAGCCCUGGUUACCGUGGCGAGCGCUGUGAGUCAGAAUGUCCUCAUGGAUUUUAUGGAAGAAAUUGUGAUGAGAGCUGUGAAUGUCAAAAUGGAGCAGCUUGUGACCAUGAAACUGGACAUUGUCAAUGUUUACCUGGCUGGAGAGGGCGCCACUGUCAUAAAGCUUGUCCCUCUGGAUUUUUCGGUGAAGAUUGUAUCGGAAUGUGUGAAUGUGACCCCGGAAUGCCUUGUGACCAUAUAACAGGAACUUGUAAAUGUCCGGCAGGUUUUACUGGAGAAAGAUGUGACAAAAAAUGUCCGGAGGGUACGUACGGUGAGGAAUGCGCCAGAAUAUGUGACUGUGUAGGACAUCACAUGACGUGCCAUCAUGCCACUGGGGAGUGUAUAUGUAAACCUGGCCAUAGGGGGCGCUUCUGUAACAAGGGAAGGAAAAAUAGAAAAGGUAGAAAGAAUAAAGGAAAAAAACAGCGUGAUGGAGAUGAGAGCGAAUUGGACAACGUUAUAAUAUCUGAAUCGUUCGACUUACUCCAGGACGUAAAACCAGAAACAGCUUCAUGGAUCACAGGAUGUAUGGAGGGGAAAUUUGGACCGAGUUGUGACCGAGACUGUCAGUGUGAAAAUGGAGCAACGUGUCAUGUGAUCACAGGGGCGUGUUUUUGUCGGGAUGGAUACUUUGGUCCAACUUGUGCCCGAAAAUGUCCAGAGGGUCGCUAUGGAACAAACUGUUCCGAGAUCUGCCACUGCCUAAACGGUGGCAAGUGUGGCCGUAUCCAUGGGAAAUGCAAAUGUCAUCCCGGAUAUACUGGUUUCCUGUGUGAGAACGAAUGUGAAGAAGGUUACUAUGGUUACAACUGUGCUUUAAAGUGUAACUGUAGCGACCAUGGGUCAUGUGACCACAUCACCGGUACUUGUCACUGUCACCUCGGAUACACGGGUCCUAGCUGUAAUAAGACUUGUCCCGUGGGCCGAUUUGGUCCCGACUGUGUACAUUCCUGUAACUGUCAAAACCGAGCCCCUUGUGAUCCUGUGACAGGGUGCUGUUCCUGUACAGAGGGCUUCUAUGGACAGAGCUGUGAACUAACAUGUCCUGAGGGGACACAUGGCCCUUACUGUCGAGAGCACUGUGACUGUGUGAACGGCGCCACCUGUAAUGCCCAGACGGGACAGUGUAGGUGUCGCCUCGGCUUUUUCGGGGACAGGUGUGAAGCAGUUUGUCCAAGAGGAAGAUAUGGCCUUCAUUGUCUGCAGACCUGUGACUGUGGACGAGGGUCAUGUGACCACAAGACAGGAGCCUGUCAUUGUCCGGCAGGCAUGUCCCUCCCCAAUUGUACAAAUGUAUGUAAGAAAGGAAAGUAUGGUCCCAACUGUGGAUAUUUCUGCGACUGUGAUAAUGGUAGUACUUGUGACUAUAUGUCGGGGGCGUGUAAAUGUGCCCAGGGAUUCCUCGGCUCCCAGUGUCAGCAUAGCCUCCAUGGUUUGGAAUGAUGCAUGUCUAUUCUAGAUACAAUAAGCUAUAACACAGGAAACGUAUAACAAACCCUGGAGAGGCGACAUACCAUGGGAAAUUCAUAAUAGCGACUGGAAUAAAUAAAAAAAUGAUAUUAUUCACUUUGGACCAUACUGCAAUAAAAAUGGAUCAGGAAUCCAUUGGUGGAAAACAAAUUGUGGAUGAUUUUUAUCCAUUCGCUGCGGACUAGCCACUGUUAAAUUAUGCUAAUGGAGUUGAAAUUGUGAUACAAAUGUAUAUGAAGCAUUUAAAACUCAAAUACUGUAAAAAAAAAAAGGUCAUGUUGACUUGUUAAUGCACAAGAUAGCUUGCAUACAAAAUCAUUUUUAUUUUGUAUCUUUGCUAUACAUGCUUAGAGUUUCACAGGAGAUUCCAUGAUAUGUUUUGAGGAGGUUCAAUGACAAAGUGUGCAUAGUCUUUGACUGGAGUUGUUGGACUGCUUAACAACAUAGUUUGUGGCAAUUUAGAUUGAGGACCCAAUUAGCUAAACAGAGUCAAUAGACUGAAGACACCGCGGUGAUUUGACCAAUGUAUACCAUAGCUUAACAACCACAGGAUGUCAACCAAUGAAAAUGUUUGAAUCUCAAGCAUACAAAGCACAGAGUCCCAUUAUGGAAUAAUUUGAGUCAUCGUAAAUGUAUGUCGUGAAUUUGUAUUCCAUGUACAUUAAUAUGCAGUGAAGGUUUCCAAGUAUGGUCCAAACGGAAAUCAAUCUCUAUGUAGAGGCAUUUGAAUGACGUACAUAUACAUAGUGCUUUUUAGAAGAUUGGUGGGAUAUCGUCACAGAUAUUAACACAACCGCGUGUAGAUUAGCUUCUGCAUACAAAAGUAUAUAUGAAACAUGACUUACUUGGACAAGACUAAACCUGCUCAGAGAGUUAAUGCCAGCGCGAAUGUACAUAUAUGGAGGUGAACAUUAAAAAGAGAAAAAAUGGUUGUCAUGGAAGCAGGUUCAAUGUUUAUUUGCUCCUGAAGGAUGUUAUUGUUGCUAUAGAAACGGCUUCCAUGGACAGAUGUCUGAUUUGCCAAGUUAUCCUGGGUUUGUCAAGAAAACAGGUUCCAAGGAGAGAUGAAUUGCUUAAGUGUUCCUCGCAAGCUAACUGGAAAUAGAUGCCGGGUUCUUUUAAACCUUUGCAAGUCGUAGCAAUAGACGGGUGUCCCAAAACCGGCCAAGGUAGACAAGGGUCAUUAUGUGGCUGUUAUGGCAGGCUGAUCUGCAAGAUGUCGGAUCCUGAACAAUAUUCAUAAACUCUGAUCCAGUAUGUGAUGACCUCGUACAUGUAUCAUAUUUCCGCCAUGUCAACAUUCACCAUAUAGAUAUACUGUAUACUUGUGUUGUGCAUAAUAUUUGUGUAAUAUAUAUAUAUAUAUGUAAUAAAGCAAAAAGUCAGAAGUUACAAUAUGUGACGCCCAUUUCUAUAAGAAGUGGAUUUUACCGGUUUUCAACAGUUGUAAGGAAGCUCAUUAGAAUCAGCUCUACCCACCCGCUACCAAUGCCUGUUCUGUUAUCCAUAUCCUGGUGGACGUCGGUUUUAGAUAAUCUCUAGUGGUUUGCUACUUUCCCCCUGCUGUCCUAGAUGUUCAAUGGUAUCUACAAUGUCCUGUUGAGCAACAUACUGCUGACUUUUUCUGUUUACUUUUUUUUUGUAUUUGACGGUGUCCUUAAUUUCUCUAUAGGAUUCAGUAGGUUCUAUUGAGCUUUCUUUGCUGUAAAUAUUCCUAUAAUCUGUGCCAGUAUGUAUUUCACAAUUUCAUUGUUUUUUUUAUUAUUAUUAUUAUUUUACGUUUCUUAUCGUAACUAUCAAGAUACAGUAUUUUUUGUUUUGAUGUACAUGAAUACGUGUAUUGAAACAUUUGUAAGUGUGAGCUAGUGUUUAUAUGCGUCUUCGUUGCUGACUUAUGGCAGACAUGUAAACUUUCACUGAAUAUGUCACAGUAGUCUUGUAACAUAUCGCUUAAUUCUUAUUGUCCGUGAGCGGCAUCAACUGUCAUUUCGAUUGAUAUUAAGAGGUUUUCAUUGGUAUGUCAUUGUAAUUGUCUUCUCAAGCUGGACCGUCUGUUGAUUGUUUUGCAAUGCAAGCUUCCGUUUUUCAGGUAAAAGACUAUGUUUAGGAUCUCAAAAUUAAGCUGUAACUCUUCAUUUGGAAGUGUUAUCAGAUUUCAAUGUUUUUUAGAAUUCGGCAGUUGCAGAAUACCUAUCGUUGGUCAUAUAUUCACCAGGAGAGUAGAUAGGAUUCCACUUUAAAUACGAUAAAUGUACAAAUGUUGCAGAUGCUAGUAAUGUCUUACUUCAGAUACACGUGUCUAAGAUAAUCAAACACUGAAAUUCAUUUCUCUAUCGGACACGUACCGUACUCCUCGUUAUUUAUCGCUUGAUAUGUUAGCUGUAGGUAACUUCAGGGGUGUUUAUUUCAGCCUUUACCAAAGACCUUUGAUGGAUAAAUUGUAGUUGGUAGGAACAACGCUAAUCCUCAGAUACACAUCUUUUGAUAACGUCUUGGUGAUAUAUCGUCCCUUGACCACUGUUAAUCUGAUGACACACUGUCAGGUAUGAUAGAUAAAUGAUACAAAAUGUGAUAUCCAGUCAGACACAAUGAAAACAAAACACUGUAAUCACUGUAGCUUAGUGACUAAAAGAUCUGGAAUACUCUAUCAACCAGAUACCUCCGGAAGAUAUCCAUUUCAAAUAAUAUUUGAUGUUUGUAUGAUUUUCAUUCACUAGUUUUCGUGUCGUCUGCAUUUCUGUUUAAUGUUCAUUUUAUUUAUGCUAAUUACGUGUUGUUUUGUCAUUGCUUCUGUCAAACAGUCUAUUUAUAUACACUACAUGAGUCGUAGAUGUUGCAGAUCCCUGUAUUAUAGGCCUCAGACGCAAUCCGUGUUCUGAGCAGAUCCAUCAUGACGAGGAAAUAAAAGCGAAAUAUGAAACUUGGGUAUAAAUGCUUCCUUCAAUAGCAAACGGAAGAAAAAAAUCAUCGUGGUAAAUGUCUAAAAAUGUAAAUGUAUUCAUUCAACACUUUUCAUUACAUUUAUCUUUCUAAAUCGCAUGUGCAAAUAUUCAAUAGUCAUGCAGACGUUCAAGUAUUAAGAAGGUCAGAUAAUCACGAUUCCUUGCUCAGACAAUGGAACUUAAAUGGUACAAAAAGUAAUAUGUAUAUGCUUCUACAUUAGGUAGCAUAUUCCUAUGAGCAUCCCGAAUAAGAAUAAUUACGGUUCUUCUGUUUUAAGUUUUUAUUGUUGAUUAACGUCGCAUCUGCUGACACUCUUCGGGUGUUUGUUUUUUAUUGUUGGGCGUAAGUUUGAGCUUUUGAAUUUGUAAUGUAUGUUAUCAUCUUGCGAAUGGUCGACGUAAGAAAUGUUAGUGUGGAUAGAUGAUUUUGCGAAAGCUAUAUUUACGGUGACCGUAAAUGUGACUUUGUAAGAAUCGUUAUGACCGUUUGAUAGCUAUAUGUGUGCGGUGUUCAUACAUGAUGUUUAACAAUAUUACUAGAUCUAGUAAUAGCAAGGUGUUUUCAAAAACUACCCCGAUGUGCAAUAUUUAGCUAUAGACAAUGAUGCAUGUUAUAGUGUUUUUGACUAUAGAAUUCCAUUACAUGAUACGAUUAUUAUGAAAUCUAAACAUCUGGCUGAUUCGUGUUGAUAGUCAGAUUUACAUAUUGAGCAACGUAGCAGUGUUUGAUUCAUUUAUUUGAAAUUAAAUCAAACAUAUAUCUCCAAAAAUGAAUGUUUACUUAAUCCAUACGAUACGAAAGUUUCUAUGAAAAAUAUUACUGCGCAAACAUCGUCAGAAACCAACGAGUCGCUGCUGUUUUCAUUGGACUCGAACGACAAGAGCAGAUCUAGAAUUUUGAGGCAAACAUUAAAAGCUGGAAAUUGAGUUAAACGACCGAUCAGGCUGUCGCCGGUUUCCGUCAAAGCUGCGCAAACUGAUAGGCCAAUUAGGUUGUUCAUUACGAUAUGUGUUGUAUUUAGAAGGAGCAAUGUGAUGUUAGUCUUUCAUAGAUCGUAACUUACUCAUAUCAUUUUGAAAUGUUGUUUUCAUUUGUGAAGUUUACCUAAUGUAUAUAGUAAAUUGUUCAAGUUUAGAGAAAGACAUUUAAAGCAUUUUCUUUUAUCUCUUUGACUUUGAAGAAAAAUUCAAUACGAUGACUGGAUGAAACCAUGUUGAAUAUUGUUAUUGGUGAAAAGAUUGUUUUCUUUGGUGAAUGAUGUUACCGAUAAUGAACAACCUGUGAAUUAAAUGGUUAUUAUUUGUUUAUUUGUAUAUCAAAUGUCAGUUUUGUGAAAUAUUAUUCGUGAUGAUUGUUUUUAUUUCUUCAAAAUCUGAUUGAAAAUGUCAAGUUUGAUAUUAUACUAUUAAACAAAUAAUGUUUAUUUCUAAUAUUUAAAAUUACCUUCUACGCUCUGUUCAGGUUAAAUGGGCCGAUCAAACAACAUCACUAAGGCAAUUGAAAAUUCGGUAUCUAUGCUUCAUGCUAAGACGUCAUCAUGAAUGAAAAUAUUCGUCCUCGCCUAGGAAUACGUAAUUGCACGGAACUACUGUUCUGAUAUCUUCAUAUCAAAGUCAACAUGGAAAUGAAUUCUGUUUUACUUACCUAUAUAUCAGUUUGUCUUGUAUGGAAAGGGAGGUUCAUUUCUUACACCGACAUACAACAUUGUAUUCCAGCGUCGAAAUAGUGCAAGAUGUACACUAUCGUCAACCAUAGUGCUAUGUUAAUCGUUUAUGUUUUGUUUUAUACUGUAAUAUGUUUUUGAUUGUUUUCAUCACCAUGAUAUUACUGUGUUAUGUACAGAGGGAGAAUAUUUCGUUCCUCGCUAAUCCAGUCAUCUUAAAUACGUUAUAAUAAUGUCCAUCUGUGUCACCACGACAUGUUGUUCUUUACAAGUAUCAUUCUAACACAGCUAUUUAUAAAUCGUAUUAUGUAUUUGUCUUCAAAAGAAUAAAUGAGAAUAUUUACUUUUUAAA